UCCAACGAACAUGAAUCUUCCAAUAUUCAACAUUCUGCAAGCUAUUGAACCACUUGAGUGGCUUGGAGACGAAUUCAAGGAGAAGACAGAUGACUCAGUGAUAGUAAUGAAAGAAAAUAUAAACGAAAAAUCUGAUAGAUGGAAAAGGUAUAAUAGUGUCGAAGAAAUGAUUAAAGGGGAAACGGAUUUAAGAUGGAUUGAUUAUAACAUGAUAUACGAUAUUAAGUUCCUUGCUAAAGGUGGCUGUGGAAAAGUGUAUUAUGCUAAAAUCAAUAAGAGUAAUGGUGAAUCAUGUGAAGUAGCCCUAAAGAGCGUCAAUAAUUCUGCGGACAACGUAUAUGAAUUUAUGAAUGAAGUUAUUAAUUUCAAUAAAACAAAAAAUGACCAGUACGUUGUCACAAUUUAUGGAAUUGCUCGGGAUCCAGUUUCCUUGGAUUAUCUUUUGGUUAUGGAAUAUUCGACUUUUGGAAGCUUAAAAGAUUAUAUUCAUAAUAAUAUUUCUACGCUUACGUGGAAGGAACGAAUUAAUUUUGUUCAUGAUAUUGCAUCUGGUCUUACAGAACUUCAUGUCGUCGACUUAUUGCAUACCGAUUUCCAUAGCGGAAAUUUAUUGCUUUUUGGUGGGAGAAGAAAUAAUUUAAAAGUAAAGAUCACAGACUUAGGCUUAUCACGGCCACUUGGUGUGAAACCAACAGAAGGGCAGGUUUUUGGAGUCCUGCCAUUUAUAGCUCCAGAGGUUUUAUUAGGAAGUAAAUAUAUGAAAGAAUCUGAUAUAUAUAGCCUUGGUAUUAUUAUGUGCACAAUUGCGACUGGUAAAUUGCCAUUCGACGAUCGAAGCUACGAUCAAGAUCUCACACUUGCUAUCUGUAAUGGAGCAAGGCCAAACAUUGGAAAACACACGCCCGAGUUUUAUAAAGAGUUAGUGCAGAAAUGCUUGGAUAAAGACUCGAAAGUUCGCCCAACUGCCAAAGAAAUUAGAUCAUUGGCCCAUCGUUGGAAAUAUGAAAUGCAAAUUUCCAAAAUUGGAUGA